GGGAGAUGGAUAAACUGACCAUCAUCUCAGGAUGUCUCUUUCUGGCCGCCGAUAUCUUCGCCAUCGCCAGCAUCGCCAACCCGGACUGGAUCAACACCGGGGAGUCCGCCGGAGCACUCACUGUGGGCCUUGUGCGACAGUGUCAAACAAUCCAUGGACGAGACCGGACAUGCAUCCCACCUCGGCUUCCCCCAGAGUGGGUCACCACACUGUUUUUUAUCAUCAUGGGAAUCAUUUCAUUGACUGUCACAUGUGGUUUGCUGGUGGCUUCCCACUGGCGAAGAGAAGCCACAAAAUAUGCUCGAUGGAUAGCAUUCACUGGAAUGAUCCUUUUCUGUAUGGCUGCCCUAAUAUUUCCAAUAGGAUUUUACAUCAAUGAAGUCGGAGGUCAACCAUAUAAAUUACCCAACAACACAGUAGUUGGGUCAUCAUAUGUACUUUUUGUCUUAUCAAUUUUCUUUACAAUAGUAGGACUUCUAUUUGCCGGCAAAGUUUGUUUACCAGGCUGAUGAAUGUCUGAAUUGCUUGACUCUUAUUAUUUUUAAUUUUAUUUUAUUUUUUUAUUUUUGGAGGGUGGGGAGGACAAAGGCAAGGCAUCUGAAUAGUCCUCGCAUAGGAAGAUGCUUAGAUGAAACUGAUGCUGAAAAGAAAAAAAAAUGCUUUGAUUUGUU